UCGAUUAAGUAGAGGAGAACGGUUCGUGGUAUCCAACGUUACAGGGUUUUUUUUACAUCAAGAAAACUUCAUUUAUCGCGUUGUCGUGGCCACAAUACUGUAUGAUUUUAUUGAAAUUCUCUCCUUUUGAUAAUAUCGAACACUGACAUUUGGAAAUUUAAGUCGAAUAGGCGUUUUCAAUAAAAGCCAUGCCUAUCAAAACGGAUACUCCUGAUGACGACGACAAUGAGGAUGACGAUGGCAUACAGGCUUUAUUAUUGGCAGUUUUAGCAGUUUCAUCGUGGCCGUCGACCACUGGCAAUGACAACGACAACGGAAAUAGCAACAGUGUUGUUUGGCAAAACAUACCUGGUGGACGUCACGUGCGGACAUUGGACGAAACGAAUUUCCAUCAGACGAUCACUGAAAAUUGCUGCGUGCUAGUGUUUUUCCACGCUAAAUGGUGCGGAUACUGUGGACCGGUAAAACCGGUGUUCGCCGACGUCGCGACCAAGUUGCAGGGCGGUCACCCCAUAGUGGUCGCCGCCGUGGACUGUACGGAUGACGACGAGUUGGCAAUGGCGUGCAACGUUAACGCGCUGCCCGCAAUGCUGUUCUAUCAGAAUGGCGAACAGGCGGUGCAGUACCAGGGCGACUGGUCGGCAGACCGUAUGCGGUUGUUUGCAGCCAACACUUCCGCCGAUGCACACAAAUGCACAAAAGUACGUAAAACCUGCGACGGUAUGGCGCGCAAGAAGCCCAAGGGGCGUGGCCAAACGGGGAAAAAAAAUAAAAUUAAGAAAAAAAAACGAAAAACAAAAAACGGUGUCCUAAAAAAAAUAAACGAAAAUUGAAUGUUCCUGUUGUGUUAUAUUUUGAACGCAAUACAAAAUACCAUAGAUCGAUAAUUAAACUAAAGAAAAAUGUUCACGAGAUGUGAUUUAAAUUAAAAUCAAAAUAAAUCAAAACACAAAUAAUAAGUAUUGCAUCUGCAUCAUAUACCUAGACAAUCUGACAAUGUAAAAAAAAAUUAAAACAAACAAUAAACCACAGUAAAUAAUGAAAAAUAA